AGGCAACAGAAUCAUAUCUCUUAAGAAUGGAUGAAAGGAUUGAUUGAGAAGGAUAAAAAGGAGUGAAAGGAGGACCGUAUUUUGUGUCUUUCGAGUGGAGAAUACAAAGAGUUUAUGUUGGCAAAGUGUUGAAAAACUUGGAGAUCAUGUUGAAGACAAGAGAGUGGAUGCGCCAGUUACCUAAAAGGAAACUAGUUGCACAGUACAACGAGAGAAGGAAGGCACCGUGUCAAACUGAAGUCGUCCGAUUUUUAGCGUGUUUGAGGGAAAAUGGUUUCAAAGAAGAAAAUUGUGCAGCUGCUUUGGCAAGCUUGACAAGCUGUGAAGCAUCGAUGAAACUGCCUUCCAAAGAUAGAAAGGAUAAGAUACUUGAGGAGUUGGAUCGUUUACGAAGACACUUGCACUAGCUUUUAGAAUGUUUUGGUUUCCAUUCGUAGAGGAUAGAACAAGAUGAGUUGUGUGGAAUAAAACUCAAGGUUUUCUCUUAAAUAAUG